GGGUUCUCUUCUUGGAAUAUCAGUUUUAUUUGUUUUCGUCCUUGGUCCUCCCUGUUUCUUAGCCCUUCUUAAUUUGUGAUUUAAUUUUGGACCACUUUUUAGGAUUAUGAAUUUUAUCCCAAUUUACUUUUUUUCUAUUAUCUUUCAUAGUUUAGAAAGUUAAGACCCCUUUUAUGCCAUAAAGUCGAGGUUAUAAUUUAAAUAAUAAUGUCAGAAACAAUUGGUGAGACUUCAGUUUUGAUUAAUCCUGCCAACUUAAAGUCAGAACCUAUUGACAGACCUCAUUCACCUGAAUCAAAUUGUGCAAUAUGUUUAGAAGAAUUCACAAAUAAAUCCUUUACAAAUUCGUGUCUACAUCAAUUCUGUUAUAACUGCCUCAAGGAAUGGUCUAAAAUUAAACCUGAGUGUCCUCUAUGUAAACAGAGGUUUCAUACUAUUAUUUAUAAUGUGCGAUCGCUGGACGAUUUUGAAGAGUACCAUGUCAAUGCUCCGAAUAUUGAAUUUGACCAGACUGUGUUCAUCAACUUUGCUUUUCCUCCUAGUCCAGUUCCUUACUCUUUUAGAAGUGCUGCAUUGGAUUUCAGAAGGAAUCAAAUCGAUUUCAGGCAGAGAAUGGCAGUUGAUGCUGAAGUGUAUCCUACCAUGAAUACUUCAUCUUCUAUGCUGUACAUUCGAGAAGUUAAUGGCUUGGUCCGUGCCACAGAUACUAUUCAUCCUGCUGCUCUUCCUUUAGAACAUGAGUUCAGACCACCCAAUUUGGGUCUUUCUCGUUACCGUCGAGAUAUUUAUCGUCGCGGGAGAUGGGUAAGACCAGCCAUGUCCUCAAGAAUACGACAAUCAUCUCCAGGAUUUUAUAGACUGAACCCGGCUCAGACUCAUAGGCUUGUGCCGUGGAUAACCCGAGAACUGAACGUGCUACUUGAUGUUAGUAUUGAUCCUCAAACUUUAGUUCAAGAAAUUCUAAAUCUUAUUACUUUGUAUCCAAUUCAAAGCAGACAUUUUCGAGAAGCAAUAAGACCUCAUCUUGGUGAAAGAACUGAGCAUUUUGUUCAUGAAUUUUAUCAUUUUGCUAUUUCACCUCAUGACAUCAUCUCAUACGAUAUUAUGGCUGAGUACGGUCCUCAGGAUACCCGACCUCACAGACUUGCGCGGGAGGAGUCUUCAGAGAGUGAUUCAGACGUAGAGGUUGUAAAUAUAUUAAGAGCAAAUGUUCCUGUUGGUCUAGAUUUAUCCAAUCAUGCUGGGCCUUCUAAUGUUCCUACUUUUACUGAAACUGUUAUAGAAAUAUCAGAUGAUUCUAGCAAUUCUGACCAUGAAGUUGAAAUUGUUGGCAUGAUUUCACCAGUGACUCCUGAGACAAUUGUAAUUGAGUCAACUGAUGAUGAAAUGAAUGAACCAGAAGUUGAACUUAAUAGUAAUUCUUUGCUGAAUUCAUCUGCUACUAAAAGUAACGAUUCAUCUAUGGAACAAGAUUUUGAUCCCAAUCAACCCUGUACAUCUGCUCCUGUCAUUCCUAAUCCAUUUAAAAGUUUUGCACCAGUAGCUAAAGAUACUACCACAAGCUCAUCAUCAACUUCGUCUACAUCGUCAUCUUCAUCUUCUUCAUCAUCUUCGUCUCCUUCAUCGAGUGUUUAUAGUUCGUCUUUAUCUUCAGUUUCUGACUCUGAGUAUGGUAAGAAAAGGUCAUCGCAUAAAAGGAAAAAGAGGAAAGCAGUACGACAUGAUAAGAUUAAACGUCGUAGGAGGAGGGCUCGUAUUGAAAGUAGUAGUUCAGAAGAUGAUUUUCCAUCGAAAAAAAUGCUUAAUAGGCGCCUUAAAAGUGUAGUUAUUAAACCUGAAGACAAAUCCUUAUCAGGUAGUUAUAGCGACUCGGAUUAACAUAGGUUUUGAUAUCUAAUCAAUUUUGUAAAUAAUGAUAAAACUAUAUAGACUGAAAAAUUAUAACAGCUUCUUUUAAAAUCUUUCGAUUUAUUUUAAGCAAUGAAUUCUUUUUAAAUUUUUUGAUUCAGUGAUAUCGAAAGUGAUUUAGCUUAAGUAUUGUAUAUAGUGCCCUAUAUAAUUAAUGAG